AUGCUGCACUCGCUGUAUAUUAUCAACAAGGCUGGCGGACUCGUCUACCAGCAGGAUUUGAGUCCCGCAGCGCCCAAACUAAGCUCAAACGAUCACUUGCGUCUGGCCUCAACUUUCCACAGUAUGCAUGCGAUCGCUGCGCUGGCUGCGCCAACACACUCGGGUGGUAUCGAUAGCUUAGAGACAAGCACCUUCCGUCUGCAUUGUCUACAGACGCCCACCGGAAUCAAGUUCUUUAUUACAGCGGCGCUGGGCACGGCCGAUCUAGACGUAGCGCUUCAGACAGUCUACGAGCUUUACGUUGACUACGUACUUAAGAAUCCGUUUUAUGAGCUGGAGAUGCCCAUACGCUGCAGCCUAUUUAAUAAUGGUCUUAAGACUUUUGUGGACAAAUUUAACCUCGAUAGUAUUAGGCGUCGUCCCCAUACGAGCAGCGGCACUGAUGUCUUUUAUUGA